GCUGCGGAUACCUUGGCUGUGCGACAGAAGCGACGGAUCUACGAUAUCACGAAUGUCCUCGAAGGCAUCGGGUUGAUCGAGAAGAAAUCCAAGAACAGUAUCCAGUGGAAAGGGGUGGGUCCUGGCUGCAACACACGUGAAAUAGCUCACAAACUUAUCGAGCUGAAGGCAGACAUAGAGGACCUGGAGCAGCGAGAACAGGAGCUGGAGCAGCAGAAGAUGUGGGUUCGGCAGAGCAUCAAAAAUGUUACAGAAGACGUGCAGAACAGUCGAUUAGCGUACGUGACACAUGAAGAUAUCUGCAAGUGCUUCACAGGAGACACCCUCCUUGCGAUUCGAGCCCCAUCAGGCACACGUUUGGAGGUUCCCAUCCCUGAGGGCCUAAAUGGGCAGAAGAAAUAUCAGAUCCAUCUGAAGAGCACCAGUGGUCCCAUUGAUGUUCUCUUAGUAAACAAAGAUGCUUGGAGCUCUCCUCCUGUCGUACUACCUGUCCCUCCCCCUGAAGACCUCAUUCAGUGCCAGGCAGUUGCACCCUCGAAACCGCAGAUACCACCACUCGCCCAGUUCCAGGAGGCAUCCGUUCCCAGCAGCACCCAGCCCUCUACGCCGACACCUACCAGCACGCAGGACCAUAGCCCUCCCACGCAGAAAGCCGCAAGCACAGAAUGCGGUGUCUCAGCGGCAGAGGCCAAGAGCAGCAGCGACUUUGACCCCCUCAGCAAUGCAUCGGUAUCGGCCGGCCAGCCGACCGGGUUGGACACCCAGCCGCUACAGUCCUCUGCCUCCCUGGACAGCAGCUCCGUCCUACCCAGUCCCUCUACCUCCUUUGAGCCGAUCAAGCCCGACCCCACGGGAAUACUGGAACUUCCCAAAGAGCUGUCAGAGAUGUUUGAUCCAACGAGAGAAUGUAUGAACUCUGAGCUGCUGGAGGAGCUGAUGUCAUCUGAAGUGUUUGCUCCCUUGCUCCGCCUCUCCCCUCCACCUGGAGAUCAUGACUACAUCUAUAACCUGGAUGAGAGCGAAGGCGUCUGUGACCUCUUUGACGUGCCUGUCCUCAACCUCUGACUUCUCA